AUGCAGUCUAGUGCCAACACCACUCCAGUUGAUUCAGGAGAGCCAAAAACUCAAGAUGACAAUGAAGAGAAAUUGUACACAAAAGCGAUUAUGCGAGCAUAUGCACGAAGGUCAGCACUGCUGGAGCCAAUAGCAAUACAUCCACCUGGCCUGAUACUGAAUGAUGACACACUUCAAGAAGGGCCUGAAAUGCAAGAAGGCGAACUUACUGACGGGCUUUCCGACUUGACCGAUGAGGAAAAUUAUCGUCAUUCUCAUACAAAGUCGCUGUCCAAGAAGCUAUUCAUCAAACUUUUAAAUGAUCCACGCGUCUGGUCAUUAACUGCACUGAACCUUAUAGUAGCAGUAACAUGUUUCGCCAUACUUAUCAUUACGGCGGUCUUCCUUAUUAAAAUAGUGGAUGUUAAUAAAACGAUAGCAAAAAUCUCCAACCGAGAACAACCAUGUCUAUACCAGUGGAGUGAAUGGAGCUUAUGCUCGGAAACAUGCUCGUCCUCUUCACGUCUACCCUCUCGAUCACGACAUGUCCUUAACAAAACCAUUAUCCAAGCUCGUGGUCGUUUUCCUGCUUGUCCCAGUAAUUUGGAAACAAUGACUGAAUAUAUGCCUUGCAAUGUCUAUAGAUGUCCAGUAAAUCUUAGUUCCUUUACUACCUGGACUCAAUGUUUCUACAAAGAUCCUAACAUCCGUGAAGCAGGCGGUUGCUACAGAAUGCGCGAUCUUCCUACCACAAAUCAGCUUAUAUAUAUCGAUACCGACAAUCUUGUUAGUGAUUGCAACUGUCCUGAUUACAUUGUUUAA